CCCCCGCGCACACUUCCUCGGGAGGGUUGGGGCCGCGCUCUCAAUCGCCCACACGGUCCGGUUGCAGCCGGCAGCUUCGCCGGCAGCUCGCUCGGCCUCCGCGCGGCCCGGCCAGCAGGUAGGAGCCGCCGAGGGACGCGGGCCCGGCUUCCCGGCCCCCCUCACCCUCACCCACGACGAACGCCGCUCCCCGCUCCGGCCGCCGGCUUCGAGCUGCUGCAGAUGUUGCAGACCAAGGCAGCCCAGGCUGGUGUGACCAGAGACCCAGCAGGGGAUGAGGGCAGAGAGUCCAGCUGGGGAAGCUUGGCUGGGUCCAGCUGCAGGAUUUCCUGCUUAAACCUAGGCUGAGCCUCUGAAGUCCUUGUUGCUGGACUGAUUCUCCUGGGAGGGCUCUUGCAAGGGACUAAGCCACAGCUUCUUUGGGUGACCCUGCUGCACCUUGUGUCCCUAACUGGGCUCACUCACAGUCACCAUGAGCGAGGCCUUUGACUGUGCAAAAUGCAGCGAGUCUCUGUAUGGCCGCAAAUACAUCCAGACAGACAACGGCCCCUACUGCGUGCCCUGCUACGACAACACCUUCGCCAACACCUGUGCCGAGUGCCAGCAGCUGAUCGGGCAUGACUCUAGGGAGCUGUUCUACGAAGACCGCCACUUCCACGAGGGCUGCUUCCGCUGCUGCCGCUGCCAGCGCUCCCUGGCUGAUGAGCCCUUCACCUGCCAGGACAGUGAGCUGCUCUGCAAUGACUGCUACUGCAGUGCCUUCUCCUCCCAGUGCUCUGCCUGUGGGGAGACCGUCAUGCCGGGGUCCCGGAAGCUGGAAUAUGGAGGCCAGACAUGGCAUGAGCACUGCUUCCUGUGCAGCGGCUGUGAGCAGCCGCUGGGCUCCCGUUCCUUCGUGCCCGACAAGGGUGCUCACUACUGCGUGCCCUGCUAUGAGAACAAGUUUGCUCCUCGCUGUGCCCGCUGCAGCAAGACGCUGACACAGGGUGGUGUGACAUACCGUGACCAGCCCUGGCAUCGAGAAUGCCUGGUCUGCACCGGGUGCCAGACACCCCUAGCAGGGCAGCAGUUCACCUCCCGGGAUGAAGAUCCCUACUGUGUGGCAUGUUUUGGAGAACUCUUUGCACCCAAGUGCAGCAGCUGCAAGCGCCCCAUCACAGGACUCGGUGGAGGCAAGUACGUGUCCUUUGAAGACCGCCACUGGCACCACAGCUGCUUCGCCUGUGCCCGCUGCUCCACCUCCCUGGUGGGCCAAGGCUUCGUGCCCGAUGGAGACCAAGUGCUGUGCCAGGGCUGCAGCCAGGCAGGGCCCUGAGCCAGGGCUCCUGGGCCCAGGCCCUCCCAACCAGGGCUCAAGGACUAAGGCUCCUUUUCCAAACCUCUGGGACCCAAAUUGGAGCUCCUCCCCAAAUUGGGGCUCCUCCUGGGCUCCAGGAUUAAAUCUCCCCACUCCAACAUCCCCAAACCGGUACUCCUUAUCCCAGGGCCCCUAAACCUGGGCUGUUACAGAGCCUCUAUCAUUCAUAUCCCCUCCCUAGCCUGCACUCCAGAACUCAGCCCUCUCCCCUACAGUCUGGGUUGCCAGACCAAGUCCUCUCCCCAAAUCGGGGCUCUAGACCCCAGCCCUCCAAACUUAGACUCUGGGAACUCAGGCCCCCUUCAAUCUAGACUUGUCGGCAGAGACUUUAGGUCUCCUAUGGGUGCCUGAGAAUGCCUCAGAAGUGGACUAUACUCAGGCUUGACCUUCCACACCCCAAUCCUGCCCCUGUCCGCAGGGCUGGGGCUGUCUGAGCAGCAGAUUAAGAGGUCCUGGCAUACAGGGUUUUGCCCAGCUCGUGGAGUGUUUUAUCAUUUCAUUUCAGCUUCAUUUUGCCCAGAGACGGGCAGCGGGGUGGGAUUUACUCGCCCCCUUCAAGAUUCUGCAAUAAAGCAGUUGUGAGGAAA